UUUGAAAGUAUAGUUUAUUCGUGAUUCGUCGACAGUCAGUUGAACCUUGGAGGUAUUUCGAUCGCCGCAUUUCAACCGCAGUGUCGUCGGCAGUCCGAUCUCGGUAUUGCUAAAGUAUAGAAAAAUUUAAAAGAGCCGGUGAAAAUUAUUCAGUGAUCUUAAUAAACGUGUUGUGCUUUUUUAUAAAUAAAACGCAAAAAUGUUCAGCGGAAUCGCAGACAAGAACCUUGGCGCAUUUCGUAGCAUCGGCGAGAAGACUGCAUCUCUCUUCGACAGGAAGAAGAAGGAUGCAGAGCAACUUGCCGCCGAGAAGGCACAGGAAGCCGCCCACGUUGUAGAAGACCAGGUCAAGAAGGCGGGCGAGCUUAUUGGUGGAGCCGAGAAAUCCGCCAACGAUGCUGCUAGCUCAGCUGCCGAUGCCAAGCACUCCGCAAUCGACGCCAUCGACAAGGAACUUUCGAAGGUGUCGCUUGCAGCAGGAGAGGCUGCGGACGCCGCCAACAAAGCCGUAGCUGAUGGGAAGAAGGUCCUUGACACUACGAAAGAUACAUUGUCGACCACCGCCGACAAUACCAAGAAGGCUGCCGAGUCCGCAAUAAACACAGCUAAAGAUACAGUCAGUAGUACAUUGGAGAGUACUAAAUCGGCUGCUCAGACCGCGGCGGAAACCGGAAAAUCGUACAUCGACACUGCCACAGAGAACACGAAAUCGGCGGCCCAAUCCGCAUUCGAUACAAGCAAGACGUUUGCGGCUAGCGCUAGAGAUACAGCGCAGGAUUCGCUGCAAACAACAUUAAAUUCGUAUGUGAGCGCUGCGUAUUCCGCUAUAGAUAUUGGCAGAACUUGCUUGGAAACCGCUAAAGACACGCUAGCGAACACUGUAGACACUACAAAGAAAACAGCACAAAGCACUUACGAAACUGGAAAAACAUACGUUGAUUCCGCUAAAGAUACAGUACAAAACACGCUACAGAGCACAGUAGAUACAGCUAAGAAUGUCGCUAAUACAACAGUGGAAACCGGGAAGGAUUAUGUUAAUACGGCAAAAGAUACCGUAGCGAGCACUGUAGACACUACGAAGAACGCUGCGGCAUCGGCCGUUGAAAAGGGAGCUACUAUUGUUGGUGCUGCCAAAGACAAUGUAGCAAAUACUGUAUACAGUACAGUUGAUUCUACAAAGAAUGCGGCUGCAUCUGUAGUUGAUAAAGGCUCUUCGUUAAUUGGCACAGCUAAAGACACUGUACAAAAUACUGUAGACACGAGCAAAAACGUUGCUGCAUCUGCCGUAGAUAAAAGCACAUCUUUUAUUGGUGGAGCAAAAGAUUCAUUAACAAGCACAGUGCACAGCGCAGUAGACACCACUAAGAAUUUUGGGGCGGCUACUGUUGAGAAGGGUUCAGCUGCUAUUGGCACUGCUAAAGAUACUGUAGCUCAAACUGUACACGCCACCGUAGAUGCAACUAAAAAUGUUGCGGCUAGCGCUAUCGAGAAAGGCACAACUGCAAUCGGUUCCGCCAAAGAAACCGUAGCAAACACUGUGAGCACAACUGUAGACGCAACAAAAAACGUUGCAGCAGCAGUAGUUGAGAGAGGUUCAACGAUUGUGGGAACAGCAAAAGAUACGCUUGCAAACACCGUUCACACCACUGUAGAUACUACGAAAAAUGUAGCAGCAUCGACCGUUGAAAAGGGCGCCUCUCUUAUAGGCACUGCUAAAGACACUGUAGCAACCACUCUAAACACAACCGUAGAUGCUACGAAAAGUGUAGCGAGCUCUGCUGUAGAAAAAGGCACAUCGUUAAUCGGUACCGCAAAAGACACAGUAGCAAACACGGUUAGUACUACAGUAGACACAACAAAAAACGUAGCAGCUUCUGCAGUUGAGAAAGGCACAUCUCUCAUUGAAACCGCCAAAGACACAGUCGCACAAACUGUAGAUAAAACGAAAACUGUAGCUGCAUCAGCGGUUGAUACAAGCUUGUCUUAUGCUGGCGCUGCUAAAGACACCGUAGCAAAUACAGUUCAUAGCACAGUAAAUUUGACCAAAAAUGCAGCGGCUUCUACAUAUGACAAAGGAGCGGCGCUCGUUGACAGUGCUAAAGGCACGUUGGCUAAAACCGUAGACGCAACGCAAAACGUAGCUGCAGCCGCUGCAGACAAAAGUGCCGCCCUAUUUGAAAGCACUAAAGACACAUUAGCGAGUACCGUUGAAAGUACAAAAUCAACUGCCGGAUCUGUGUAUGACAAAGGAGCAUCGUAUGUCGGCGCAGCCAAAGAUACAGUAGCAACCACUCUGUUUAAUACCCAAGAUUCUUCAGAUUUAGCCGAGAAGCCAGAGGAUGUCGUCGAAGGUGCAAAAGAUACCAUCAACACUACCGUAGACACUACGAAGAAGGCCGCCGAAGAAGCUAAGGCACAAGCGCUAAAGGCUGCCGAAGACGCCAAAGAGAAGGCGCGAUUAGCAGCCGAAGCAGCCAAGCAAGAAGCCCAGAGAGUAGCCAAUGCUGCAGUGGAAGAGUCCAAGAAGGCAGCUGAGAAAGCCGCUGCUGACGCCAGCAAUGCCGUCACCAGUACCGUGGACAACACUCUCAAGCGCGUCGAAGGAGCCGCUGAUGAGGGUCUACGGAACGCGGGACAGGUCGUCGACGCCAAGAUCAAGGACGCCGACAAGUACCUGAGCGAGAAACGUGAUAACUUGGUGACCGGCCUGUCAUCGGCAGCUCACGAUGCGUCCCAGAGCGCAGCCGGUCUGCUCAGCAAGGGUCUGACCGCCUUCCCCAAGUAGAGUGAUCUGAUUCAAUUCUUCAACGCCCCAGCACCGAGCAUUAUGGAAAACUGACAGCAAUUAAAUAGGCUAAAAAACGUUGCAGCCAGUGACUUAUAUAUAAUGUUGCCAACGCUUAAAAGCAUCCCCGGCUAUACUUAGCGCUAAAACAUGAUUAAAUAAAUCCACAAAUCACUUUAAAGUCAUUGGAGUACAGUAAACGACAUAAUAUAUAACAAUAUUGUAUAUAAAAAUAUAAUAAAAAAUUCUACAAUUAUUUAUUUCAUUAAAUAUCUAUCUAUCAAAUAAUCGUUCUGUUAGUUUUCCUCUAAACAAAAUAAAACCACGUCAUUAUGUGUAUACAGCACGUUAUUAUAAGUGUAAUUUUUAAUUUUAACAUAGACCUUCGGCCACCAGUUGAUCAGACCUUUUUUGCCAUAAUAGAAAUCUCUUUGUUGAAACAAAGUGAUUUUUUUUUGUUUUUCUGUUAACGACAAAGAAGCCUAUUUGAGCAAUGCAACUAUUUAAUA